GCCAGCGUGAUGACGUCAUGUUACCGUAGAAACGAGAGCAGCGUCUGCAUGCUAACAGCUAGCAGCUAGCAGCUAACAGCUAGCAGCUAGCAGCUGAUAUUCUGUGACUCCUAGAGGGAACAAGAAUCCACCAAAUACUGACAGUCUGGUGUGUUUGAUUUUCACCGAGGGAAUUCUUAUGGAUUAAGUUCCACUCAGUCCUGAGCAGAAGUCCAAUCAGACAGAUUAAAUGAAAACACCUGUGUGGGAGUUCAGAGGCUUUCAAGUACCACAAGAUGGAGCUGGAGCUGGAGGAGGAGGGAGCUGUGGUGGAGGAGCUGAAGAGGCAGCUGGAGGAGGAAGACCUGAACCCGGAGCAGAGAGUCAGCUUGCUGAACAACGGGUUAAACAAGGUUCUGAACAUGGCGGCGCUGCAGACGGACAGCAGCGUGUUGACUGCGGUCAAGUCUCGGUUGUACCUGAGCGGCGUCCUCAAUCACUGCGUCCGCCUCCUCUCUCUGGAUCCCAGAAGGCUGCGGGGCAACUGGGGCGCCGCCGCCACGCUCGCCCAGCUCACCAGUUCCUGCUGUGUGGGGGUUGAACCUGGUAAAGACUCGCCGGCCUUUCAUAAGCUGUUUCUGCCGUCAGUCGUGGACGGCCUCCUGUCAUUGGCCAGUCAGCUGAUGAGGCGGGCUGAGUGUGUGACUGUGUUCAGGAGGCUGAUGGAGUCCGUCGGCUGGCUGCUCAGAGCUCACACUCAGCUCACCUCUCAGGUCCUCAGCUGUGUCCACUACGAGCGGAUCCAGAUGUGUGACGACGCCAGUGUGUCUCUGCUCUGUGUCCAGAUGUGGAUUCAAACCUGCUCAGCCAGCAGGGACUUCCUGUCCGGGUUGAGCGACGACUGCGUCCUGCUGCUGCUCAACGAGGCCGUCGGCCAAUUAGCCGUCAGCUCUGACUCCUCGGUGGGCGGGGCCUCCGUCAGACUCAUCCUCCUCAUGGCCAAUCAGCAGGAGCUCCGGGUGCAGCCCCUCCUCCUCAGCUUCAGAGGUCUGGACAGCCUAUUGGACAAAGACUGGAGGGGGCGGGGCUUUGACCAGGACGUGGAUCAGCUGAUUGCACUCAUCCAAUCAGACACCAGGAGUCACCCACAGGCGUGUACUGAGCGUGUGCGGGCGGCGUGCGUGAUCCAGGCGUCCUGGAGGUCGUAUCGGACCAGACGGCGGGUGAAGAGCCUGAACAGAGCGGUCAGCGCGCUGCAGAGGAGAUACAGGGCUCGGAGGAGGCAGCAGCAGCAGGAGGAGGAGGUGCAGCAGUGGGAGGAGGAGCUGAAGUAUCAGGUGAGAGUCAUACUGCAGUACUGUUAGUGUACUGAUGGGUACUAGUAGUGUAGUAAU